UUUUUUAGAUUUCACAACUUUUAGUCUUUUAUAUUUUCACUUAAAAAUCACUCAAAGUUUGUGGAUUUUUUUUUUUUCAUUUAUUAGGGGGGGAGGAUGAUACCUUUUGCUAACAUUUCACGUGCUCUUUCGUAUAUUCUACCUUUUUGAAAAUGUUGCCCCGUAUUAGUGAUGAAGACGAAUCUUAUGAGCUGUAUGAUGAAUUCGAUGAUGAUGAUGAGAAGGAUGAAGAAGAGGAAGAAGCAGAAAGAUUAAAGGAAAUAGAGAGCGAACUGUAUAGUUAUAUCCAUUAUGGUUCUCAAACUGACUUAGAAACAGAGACUGUUGAUCCAACAUUUUGGAGGUCUUUAGAAAAAGAUAAUUCAGCAGUAAAUAGACCACUAAUGAGGCUGAAGGUGAAGGAAGAUAAAAAGAGUGCUGAAGACCCUAUUUUGACAAAGACCUUCAAGUGCGGUAACUGUUCCCUUGUUGGUCAUCUUAGCAGAGAUUGUCGGCAAAUGAAACCACCUGUAUGUUAUCUCUGUGGAAUUUUAGGACACAAAAGCCAUGAGUGCCCAGAUAGUAUUUGCUUUAACUGUGAAUGCCCUGGACAUUUUACUCGUGAUUGCAAUGCAUGCAAACGCCCUUAUAAUGCACACUGUUCCCGAUGUGACAUGAAGGGCCAUAUGUAUCAUGAAUGCCCUGAUCUUUGGAGAAGAUACCAUGCGACCACCAGAGAAGGACCUAUUAUGAAGACGCCAUCUCGUUGUAACCCAAGGGUUUAUUGCUCCAAUUGUGGACUGGUUGGACAUUUCGCUUAUGAUUGUUAUAAUCUAGCCAUGUACAGGUUCAUCAAACCUAGUUAUCCUUUCAUCGUCAGCUAUAAAAAGAACUUUGUGAGUAGAAAAAAUUUAAAAAAAAAGGAGAAAAGAUAUAUGAAAUUUAUGUUCGAAAAUGAUGAAAUUCCAGUAAAGAAACCGAAGAUUAAAGACAAAGCCAAAAUAGUAAAAAAGAAAAUAUCCAAGAAAAAGAAGAAAAACAACCGUAAGUAUUAG